GUGGUUUUCUUCUUCCUCUAUUCUUUUUCCAUUUUCUUAUUUCUUCUAUCAACUGCCACGACAAACUCAAUAAUUUCAUCUCUGAUGAAAUUUGAUGGAUAUACCAGACGGUGUUAAGAUAAAAGUGAACGCCAAGGUAAUAGAGGUGAAGGGGCGUCGAGGAAAGCUGUUUCGCAACUUCAAGCACCUUAACCUCGAUUUCCAGCUUAUCAAGGACGACUCCACUAGAAAACGAAGGCUGAAGAUUGAAGCUUGGUUUAGCACGAGGAAGACGAGUGCUACCACCAUGACUGCUCUCAGCCACGUGGAGAAUCUCAUCAUCGGCGCCACCAAUGGGUAUCGCUAUAACCUGAGUUUCUCUUGCAGAUCUACCUUAAUUCUUGUUUUCUUGAAUCUUUGUCUAAUGAAGUUUUAAUUGUUGCACGCUUUUCAAGGUAAAUAUAAUGUAUGGUUUGGUUGGGUUCUGAGAAAAUGGACUAACCAAAAGAAAAUAAUUUUUUUUACCCUUUUUAGGUUCUAAUUUUAUUGUAAUGUUAAAGUUCUCAUGAGCACAUCAGUGUUCAAAUCACAGAUUCGAAAGUUGUAAAAUUUUAAGGGUUUUGCAGUAGGUUUUUCUUUC